UACAUAUUUGUAGCGCGUGAUUGUUGGAGUCCAGAACAGAACUUCGGGUAACCAAAUCGAAUUUUGAUUUGUGAGAUUCACUGACCCAUCCAUGUCUAACGAAGGCUCGGAAGAAAAGCACGAUACCCUUGGUAAAAAGAUUGAUGUGAAACAAGCCCAAGUUCAAGGACUUACUGACAAUUCCAAGAGGAUUUUUGUGGGAGGUCUACCACAUGAUCUAAGAGAUGAAGAAUUCAAGAACUACUUUGAGAAGUUUGGUAAAAUUACAGAUUGGGAUGUAAUGUUUGAUAAGGAAAACCACAAACCUAGGGGGUUUGGAUUCAUCACUUUUGAGUCAGAGGAGGCUGUGCAUGAUGUGUUGCAGAAGAGGUUUCAUGACUUGAAUUACAAGUCUGUAGUGGUAAAGAGAGCUCACAGUCAGAAUAGGAAUAACAACAGGCUCAUGAAACAGUAUGAUCGCUACAAUGUAGCUCCUAAUGGGUAUAGAUACGGUGUAGGGUAUACGUCUGGUAAUAAUCCUGGAACUUUGGGGCAUUAUAAUCCAUAUUGCAGUAGUUAUGUAGCACCUUAUGGACAUAGAUAUGGUGGGUUUUUGCACGAUCCGAAUCCUUAUGAUGCUUGGGUAUAUACAGCUGAUUAUGGCUUAUGGGGUGGUCAGAAUGCUAACAACUCCAAUAUCCGAAGCUGGACGGAGCUCCCUGAUGAUGUUACCGCAAUGAUACUGUCACGUCUAGGAGCAAUUGAGAUCUUGAAAACUGCUCAGAAGGUCUGCAUGACAUGGCGCAAAAUAAGCAAGGACCCUCUUAUGUGGUGCAGAAUCGACUUGCACAACGAUGGUUCUUAUUAUAGUCAGUUGGACAAAAUAUGCCGCCAAGCCAUUGAUCGUAGCUCUGGUAAACUGGUCGAUAUCAGCAUCCGGAACUUUGGCAAUGAUGCACUUCUUGAGUAUAUCACUGAUAGUUCACCUAGAAUCAGACGUCUUCGUUUGGAUAGUUGCCCAGUAACUGACAAGGGAUUAAGUAAAGUAGCUUCCAAACUUCCGCUGCUGGAGGACCUUGAAAUUUCACACACAAACUCUUGCUCAGGCGAAUCUCUUGAAGCAAUAGGGCGCUCUUGCCCUCUCUUAACAUCAAUGAAGUAUAAGGACGGAUGGCAGGUAUGGUUCAAAUUUGAUGAUACUAAUGAACAAGCACUUGCCAUAGCCGGAACAAUGCAUGGUUUACGCUACCUCCAGCUUUUAGGGAAUGCGGUGACUAAUGAUGGAUUGGCCAAGAUCCUUGAUUCUUGGCCUCAUCUCGAGUCACUUGAUCUGAGAUGUUGUUUCAAUCUUAAUUUGGGAGGAGAUUUGCAGAGAAGAUGUUCUACACAAGUUAAAACACAUCAACUUCCCGGAGGAUCAUUGUGAUGGUUACGAUCAAGUGGUCAUUCUAUCGGCUCAUACAUGCAGUAGCUAUUUUUUAUUUUUUCGGUAACAGCUCAUCCAGAACUACUGUAUGGUAUUCUCAAUCCAUAAUAGCUCAAACGUUAUGGACUUCUAGGUUCAAUACUGUCACAUCAGUUACGUACUUGUACCUAUUAAAAGUGAUCGUCUUAACCUUUCAA